GGUAUUGGAAUGGAUGGAUAAGUGGACAUGAUGACACCAUAAAAAAAUGGGAUGGCUGGUAUCGACUCUUCAUCAAUGGAUCGAGUGCUCAGAUACCUGACUGGUGUGUUCCUUAUAUGUCAUGUGGAGGUUUCAGUUCUCUGUGGCUUGCUGGUUCUCAUCCUGGAGUAGAAGAUGGAGUUGUUACUCGUGAAGUUCACGGCUCUUAUUAUGAUCAGUGCAGUCAUUACACAUCAAACCCAAUCCAAGUCAAAGCUUGUCCUGGAGAUUAUUAUGUCUACAAACUCACCAGACCAAACGUGGAGAUCCCACUGCCUACAUAUUGUGCAGUUGUUUUCAGCACUCCAAGUGUCGACCCUUGUGACAACUACACCAGUCUGGAUGAACCCUGGAGAUCCACUGAUAACUAUAUAUAUAACUAUUACUACUACAACUAUCACAUAUGUGAUUAUAAUGUCAACUGGAACGGCUGGUACAGACUUUUCAUCAAUGGUCAGAGUGCUCAGAUGUCAGAAUCAUGUGUCAGUUGGGGGAUGUGUGGCACUUAUUACCCAAUGUUCCUCAAAGAUCCUCAUCCACAGCUGGAAGAUGGAGUGGUCAGACGACAAAUCUGUAUGUCUGGAUGGAACGGCUGUUGUGGUUAUGAAUCUCAUCCCAUACAAGUCAAAGCCUGUCCUGGAAAUUACUACGUUUAUGAGUUUGUCAAACCACUGUAUUGUGCUGCUUACUGUGCAGGUAGAGAACAGACAACAACAACAACACAGACAACAACAACACAGACAACACCGAUCUCAACCACACAAUCCCCUUCUCCACCCAACACAAUCCCUGUUGAUCCCUGCUACAACUACAAUGUGUUGGAUGAUCUCUGGAGAUCCACCAGUAAUCAGGAUUUAUCUCAGAUAAUGUGUGAUGUGUCUAUGAAUUGGACGGGUUGGUAUCGUCUCUUCAUUCAUAAUGAGAGUGUUCAGAUGCCAGACACAUGUGUCCCAGAGUUGAGAUGUGGUACUAAUGCACCACUGUGGUUAAAUGGUGGACAUCCAACGGUUGAAGAUGGAGUGGUCACACGAGACGUCUGUGGUCACUGGAGCGGUGACUGCUGUUAUUUCCAUUCCAAUCCCAUUAGAGUCAAAGCCUGUCCAGACAAUUAUUAUGUCUAUGAAUUUGUGAGUCCUAUAUCCUGCUAUUUGGCAUACUGUGCAGGCCCAAUCCCAUUUUAUCCAUUUGGAGUUGGAGACACAGAGAAUGGAUGCAGUGAUGAUGGAAGUUCUGCAGUCAUCUACCUCCUGCAACCGUUUAUAUAUUUUGGACACACAUACAACCAAAUUUAUGUCAACAACAAUGGACACUUGACUUUUGAUGGACCAUGGUACAGCUACUUCCCAUACAGCUUCCCAGGUCAUGGUGGCAAAGACAUCAUCGCUCCAUUCUGGACUGAUCUUAAUAAUUGUGAGAACGGUGUGAUCUCAUAUCAGCAGUACACCUCUGGCGAUGUCCUGACACAAGCUACACAAGACAUAAAUCAAUACUUCCCUGAUCUGAGCUUUUCUGCUUCAUGGGUCUUUGUUGCAACUUGGGACAGAGUAGCAUAUUUAUCAUAUUCAGGAACUGAAACAUCAUUCCAAGUGGUUUUGAUUUCAAAUGGCCAUCUCUCAUUUGUUUUAAUGAACUAUGGUAGAAUUUCUCCAUCACAGCGAUAUGUACAGGCCGGUUAUGACACCGUCAACUCCAGCUACUAUUUCUCAAUAACUGGAUCACUCCAGACUGACUUCACAGGCUUAACACACAGCACCAAUGUCAAUGUAACAGGCAGAUGGGCCUUCAGAACAGAUAAUGGACCACAGGGAUGUCACUUCAAUGGUUUAUCAGUGCAAUUAGGAGAUUCUUUCUGGAGUGAUGCCACAUGUCAGGAGAGAUGCACCUGUACCAGCAGAGGCCUCCAGUGCAGCCCGGAACCCUGCACUUAUUCCCAAGCAUGUCGUGCAGCAGCUUUCCAAUACUCUUGUCAGAACAUUCCAAGACAAACCUGCACCAUCUCUGGAGAUCCUCAUUACUACACCUUUGACAGUCAGAUUUUUCACUUUCAAGGAACUUGCACUUAUGUUCUCUCUGAGGUUUGUGGAUAUGGUUUGUCAUACUAUCACAUUGAGGGCAAAAAUGAUCAUCGAGGUAGUACACAUGUGUCAUGGACUCGGAUGGUCAGAGUGUCUGUGUAUGAUCAAGAAAUUGAACUGAUUAAAGAUCACUAUUAUGAGGCAAAGGUUAACGGUACCUUUAGAGCAACACCAUUCACACUGAACAAUGGCUCCAUCCAGGUCUAUCAGUCAGGUUUCACCUUGGUCAUCAGCACAGACUUUGGUUUGGUGGUUACAUAUGAUGCAUACAGCUGGGUCACAAUCUCUGUACCUUAUGAAUAUCAGAACGCCACAUGUGGUCUGUGUGGGAACUUUAACCUGCAUCCUGAAGAUGAUUUCCGUUCUCCAUCUGGAGAGAUACUGAGCUCAGAUGUGGACUUUGCAAACUCUUGGCAAGUAGAGGGAGACACAGACCCUGAAUGUCAUAAUGUCAGGUGCACUGGUCUGGCUUGUCUUGAUUGUAGCACCAAUGAUAUGAGUGUUUACAGUGAUACAAACCACUGUGGCCUCUUAGGAGAUGUUUUUGGUCCUUUUGCUGCCUGCCACUCUGUCCUUGCACCACAGACCUACAUAGAGAACUGUGUCUACGAUCUUUGCCUGGGAGGAGGAUACCAACCAAUUUUGUGUCAGGCUCUCAAUGUGUAUGCUGCUCAAUGCCAACAACAGGGGGUACAACUAGGCCAGUGGAGACAACAGGGAUUUUGUGAGAUUAAUUGCCCUAUUGAGCACAGCCAUUUUGAGGCCCAAGGAACCAGCUGCCCUGCCACCUGCAGUGAUCCCUCUGCUCCGAUGAAAUGCAUCUUGCCGGGCCAAGAGAGCUGUAUCUGUGAUGAUGGGUACAUUCUCAGUGCUGGUACAUGUGUACCUCAAGCAGCCUGUGGAUGCACCCUUGAGGGAUUCUAUUAUGCUGAGGGACAGUCAGUAGUGUUAGAUGAGGACUGUGGCAGGGAAUGUGUUUGCAGCAACAGGCAAAUGAUCUGCAAUCAGCAUCAGUGUGGUCCAGCAGAGGUGUGUGAAGUUCAUAAUGGUCAGAGAGGCUGCAGACCCACCAGCUAUGCUACUUGUUCAGUUGAAGGCCUGGGUUCAUAUCACACCUUUGAUGGGCAAACCUUCAGAUAUCCUGGAGCUUGUGGACUGACCCUUGCAAGGGUGAUGGCACCAUUCCAACUGGGAUCAUUUACUUUGACAGUGGAGAAAGUGCCUAGAGGCCUUCAAGGUUUUGCUAGGUUCCUGAAGUUUGAGGCAGAAGGAACUCAGGUCCUCAUAGAAAUGGGAGAAGGUAGCAAUGUACAGGUGGAUGGACAGAUGGUUGGUUUGCCCAUCAGUGUUGGUUCCAGUCCGAUCCGCAUCUAUCACAGCAGUGUUAGGGGUUUUGUUCUGGAAACAAACUUUGGGGUGACCAUUAGAGCUGACUGGCCACACAUUGUCCGAAUCACAGCACCAAGCACUUACAGUGGUACACUCGGAGGUCUAUGUGGAAACUUCAAUGGAAACAUUGACGAUGAGUUUUACAGCCCAGAUGGUGUCCUACAGAACGACACCCAGACAUUUGCAGACAGUUGGCGUGAUGGAUCCCUAUCAGCCCACUGUGAGGACACAGCUGACCUUUGGGAACGAGGACAAUAUCAGAACAGCAGUCAGUUCAGUGAGCACUGUAGCAUCAUGACCAUGCCUGAUGGACCAUUUUCUGAGUGCAGCAGAACACUAGACCCUUCACAGCGCAUACAAGGUUGCAUUCAAAUGUUGGAGCAGACAAGCGGUGCAAGAGAGGCUCUAUGUGAGUCCCUGCGGGGAUACACACUGCUCUGCCAACAGAAUGGCAUCACAGUUGGAGAGUGGAGGAGCAUUACCUACUGUGAUCCCAUCUGUCCACUAAAUACCCAUUAUGAAUUGUGUGGCACAUCCUGUCCUGCGUCCUGCCCUAGUCUCUCAUUUCCCUUUCAGUACACCUUGCAGUGCCAGGAGGGUUGCCAGUGUAAUGAUGGACUUGUUCUGAAUGGAGAUCAGUGUGUGCCUCCAACAGGUUGUGGUUGCCACUAUGCUGGACGUUAUCGGCAGCCUGGAGAGCAGUUCUGGCAUGGUGAAGAGUGUCAGUCUCUGUGUGUUUGUAAUGGGAUUACUGGAAAUGUCCAAUGCACACCAUCAUCUUGCAAUCAACAAGAAGUCUGCCGUGUAGUCGAUAGAGAGUACGGCUGUCAUCCCAAUCCACAUGCUAGCUGUUCUGCCUCAGGAGACCCCCAUUAUAUAUCUUUUGAUGGAACCUACUUUGAUUUUCAGGGCACAUGCAGAUAUGUGCUGGCCACAGUAUGUAAUGACACUCGUGGGCUUCCGGUCUUCCAGGUGGACGCAAGGAAUGAGGCAUGGUGGGGAUCCUCGGUUUCAGUUACCGUUCAAGUUUUUGUCAAUGUUUCUGGGCAUCUUGUGCACAUGACACAGGAUAUGAAUGGUUAUUCUUCUGUUGAUGGAGAGAUCAGAAAUCUCCCAAUCCUACUUGACUCUGGCAGGGUAUCUAUCUACUCCACUGGAUCACAAACAGUUGUUUCAACUGACUUUGGUUUCAGUGUGACUUAUGGCUUUUGGGCAGUAAACAUCAUUGUACCUGCAGACUACAGAGGAGUUACGUGUGGACUCUGUGGCAACUUUAAUGGUCAUACAGAAGAUGACUUCAUGACUCCUUCAGGUUCUUUGGCACCAUCAGCAGAUCAGUUUGGGGCUAAAUGGAAGGUUGAGGAGGAAGUGCCAUGCAUUGAUACACAAAAUAGAAAUGAUGGCCCAUGCCAAGAUCAGACCAUUGCUCAUAAUCUGUGUGAGAUUAUCAGGGACAACCAGGGCCCAUUUAGCUUCUGCCAUUCCGUUGUAGAUCCACAAGCAUACUUUAAUGACUGUUCAUUUGAUGUGUGCCUCUCUGGGAACCGAAAUGAUGUCUUGUGCCACUCUUUGGAAUCCUAUAUGAGGGCUUGUCAAUCUGCCAAUGCUGUUGUCUUCCAGUGGAGAGAAAGUGCAUCCUGUGUCAUGCCGUGUCAGUUAGAGAACAGCCACUAUGAGUUGUGUGGCACAGACUGCGGUCAUACGUGUGCCAGCAGCGUUGAUGCUAGCUGUGAACACACAUGCUCAGAGGGUUGUUUCUGUAAUGAUGGAUUUGUGAGGAGCUCAGGACUCUGUGUACCUGUAGAGCAAUGCGGCUGCUUGUAUGACGGAUUCUACCAUGAUAUUGGUGAACAGUUCUGGAGCUCAGAAUGUUCUCAACGCUGUGAGUGUUUUGGCCCGAAUGAUCUGCGUUGUUCUGAAUCCUCUUGCCCACCGACUAUGGAGUGUACAGUCAGAAAUGGACAUCGUGGCUGCUACGGCGAAAUGUCCACGUGUACAGUAUGGGGUGACCCUCACUACAUUACCUUUGAUGGGGCUGUGGCCCACUUUCAGGGAACGUGUUCAUAUGAGAUCGCCCAGACUUGUGGUAACGCUACUGAUGAAGAUCUGGAGUUCCGUCUGGUGGCCACAAACAGGCACCGUGGAAACAUGGCGGUGUCAUUUGUGUCUGUAGUGGAUGUUUGGCUGUCCCACCAUGGACAACAGGCACAAAUCACUAUUGGACAGAACAGAAGACUGAAAGUUAAUGGGAACUCCACUGACUCAUCAACCUUUCAAAUCAGUGAUCUUGUUGAAGUAUAUGAGGAGCCGGGAUUUGUGGUUGUGAAUGCAUUCAAUGAAUUCACCGUCCAUUUUGAUGGUCAGAGCACCCUUCUAGUCAGAUUAAGCCAAAGUUUCCAUGGGUCCAUAUGUGGAAUGUGUGGCAAUUACAAUGGAGACCCAACAGAUGAUAUCGCAUCACCCAAUGGAGAUCUUGCACCAAAUGAUAAUGACUUUGGCAACAGCUGGAUAUCAAACACCAGUACACCAGGAUGUGGUGCGAGCGAUCGGACCGGAGAUCCUGACGAGUGUCCAUUCAAACAGGAGUAUUCGGAUCUGUGCGGUAUUAUCACCAACACAACCGGACCCUUCCAGCAAUGCCAUCAUCAUGUUGACCCUGCACCGUACUAUUACUCCUGUGUGUAUGACCUGUGUCUCUACACAGCACAAAAUGGCAUGUUGUGUUCAGCUGUUCAGGCUUAUGAGGCGGCUUGUGUCGUAUUGGGCACACAGAUCCCAGAAUGGCGCUCCACUCUGCAGUGCCCUGAAAGAGAUCCCUGUUCUGAGCUCAACUGUACUAAAGAUGAAAGGUGUGGAGAGAUGAACGGUGUUUACGGCUGUUUCUGCAAUGACAACCAAACCAGAUCUGAUCCUGACUCUUUUGAUUUCUUUGAAACCUGUGAAAGCAGUACAGGAUCAAUAUCUAUAUCUCGCUGUCAGCUCUUUGAAGCUGGUUUUUCAGCUGAUGGCCUGCACCUCAAUGAUCCCAGCUGCAGAGGAAUCAUCCAGAACGGCCGAGUGGAGUUUAGUUUUGAUAACAAUGGACACAACUGUGGUACAAAUCUUGUGGCCAAUGGCACUCAUAUCAUCUAUGAGAACUUUAUUUUGGGAGCACCAGGGUCAUCUGAAGGUCUCAUCAGCAGAGAGAGAAAUCUUCUGAUAUCUUUCAGCUGUGUUUACCCCCAAAACCAAACACUUUCUAUGAUAGAAAUCAACCCACUGGAGAGUGUUGUGCACAAGAAUCUUGCUGGUCAUGGGAUGUAUCAGGUCCGAAUGAUCCCAUAUCAUGAUGUUGGGUUUUCUCGGCCCUUCAAUGGUAGUGUGACUGCAGAACUCAACCAGGAGAUUUUUGUUGAGGUUCGUGUUGAUGGGGUUGACAGUCGACAGUUGGUGACAGUGAUUGACACAUGUUGGGCUACACCUGUGAAUGAUCCAGAUUACAGUCUGCGCUGGGAUCUCAUCACUGGAGAGUGUCCAAAUCCACAUGAUAACACAGUGAAGAUUCUUCAGAAUGGUGUCUCAACAUCCAGCCGUUUCUCCUUCAGGAUGUUCAUCUUCAACUCAAACUCCACUAAAGUUUACCUGCACUGUGCUGUUCAUCUUUGUCUGGCAAACAAUCACUGCUCAGCGCACUGUGCCUCUGGAAAUCACCAAAGGGUCGGCAGGUCUCUGGACUUCCAUGACAGUUCUUCUAUAUCCAUGGGUCCUUUCGUCUGGUCUGAUGGAAAUGCAGACAAAUGGGCUCCAGAAUUAGCGCUAGAGUCCGAAGCUCCAGGUCUGACUGGUUGUUUGAUGAUACUUCUGGUUUCACUCCUGAGUGCCUGCACCAUCUUCUAGGACGUCUACACAAUUCACAAUUUCUAAUUUUAAAAGUUUCUAUACUAUAGCUUAACGUUUACUAACACACCAAUGAAGG